AUCUGUGUCGUCGCUCACCUCCAUCUGUGCCGACACCACAAUCUACGACAACAAAGGAAAAAGAAAUAGUUCAACAAGAACUGAAAUCCUUGUACAUAAAUUCCUCAUCAUCCGAUUGGAAACAAAGAUGAUGCGAUGCACAGUUUAUCCAGUGGUGGGAAGAAGUUUCCAUAAAUCUUCUAUUUCUUGUUCUCCGAUAUUAAACUUUAUAUGGCAGCGCAACAGUUUUUCAAUUUCUGCUGGUGCUUGUUCCUCUAAUAACUACAAAUCAGCUACAGAUUCUUCCCCUCUAUCUGGUUUAGAGAGCGUGAUGUUGGAGUAUAUUUUCGGUAAAAAGAAGGCCACACAAGUUGCUCACUCUAUCUGGAAACAUGUUGUCCAAAAAGGGGACAUAGUUGUGGAUGCCACUUGUGGAAAUGGUUACGAUACCUUGGCGAUGGUGUAUAUGGUUGCUGAUAAGUCAUGUACCGGCCGUGUUUAUUCAAUGGACAUUCAAGAAACUGCAUUACAGAAUACCACAUCUUUGUUGGAUAAAUUACUUGAUCCUGAUGAGAAAGAAAUUGUAGAUCUCUCUAUUAAGUGUCACAGCAAAAUGGAAGAAGUUGUUCCAAGGGGCAUCAUGGUGAGGCUAGUUGCAUUCAACUUGGGAUAUCUUCCGGGGGGUGACAAAACAAUAAUUACCAAUUCAAAAACAACCCUCCUAGGAAUGGAGGCUGCAAGCAGAAUCAUAGCAUCUGGAGGUCUUAUCAGCUUGUUGGUUUAUGUGGGGCAUCCUGGUGGAAUGGAAGAAUAUAAGAUGGUGGAAGAGUUCGCUUCUAGAUUGCCAGUCAAUGAGUGGAUAUGCUGCAAGCUCCAAAUGUUGAACCGGCCACUAGCUCCCAUAGUUGUUCUAUUAUGCAAGAGGUAGAUGGAGAGGAGAUGCGGUUGCCUCUCUAAACUUUAAAAGAAGGAUCUUAAUUAAUUUAAUUAUUGCAGGUGAUUUAUUAUUGUCUUCCACUUAACGGGAUCUGUUUUGUUUUUGUUAGUGUCCUAAAUCUGAAAGUGACUUCCAGUAAGGGUCAUGUGACACUCUUUUCUCAUUGUUUAUUGAACCGGUGAUGAUGCUAUUAUUGCAGGUAUGUUGUUGCAACAAGAGUUUGUUUCUAUAUAUU